UUUGUGUAGUCAUUUAUUUCUGCUUGGGGGCCACAACAACUGCAUCCUCAUCCAUAUCACACUUCUUCAGUUGUCAGUGUCUUUUUCCUCAAAGGAAAAAAAUAGAAUACAGACUUACUGCUUGAAGUUCGACCUGAAGAAUUACCGCUUGGUCCUGAAGACUGAGGCUGAAUGAGCUCGCUGGCCCUGAGAGCCUGUCGUUUGAGGAGCUUUUUCUAUACAAACCAUGUGGAAUUAGGAUUUAUUUCAGCAUAACCUAGAUUUUCAUUUUCGGAAGGUUUUCUAUGCAAACAUACAGGCUGCAGAAAAAUGCAUUAUGGCUAAAAGUGGAUAAAAACUAACUCGCAAAUCAGUUGUUUUGGGGUUUUCAACUGGACAGUUGAGUAGGUCUUGGGAAACAAAUGCUUGUAUAAAAGUACCAAAUUAUCGAGUUGCCUUGUGCAGAUUGAUCAUGGAGCUCUACACAAAUGGAUCGAGCUUUGGAAUUGAAUCCCUGCUGUCUCGCAGACCUACAAGCCCACAUAAUUUGAAAGGAGAAUGUCGGUCUCCACUGGAGUUAAGCCCGAGGUCCGACCCGGAAAGCGGUUGCUCUUCUCCUCUCUCUCCGCGGCGGGAAUGUGUGGAAGAUGCGAUUCACAGGCAUGCUUUUGCGCUUGAGUCCUCGCUACAACAUGGACAACUGCCCCAGCCACGGACAGUCGCUUCGUCUUUUCUUAUUCGCGAUAUACUUGCAGACUGUAAUAAACCACUUGCCGCCUGUGCUCCUUACACAAGUAAUGGACAUCCCGCUCCGGACUCUGAACAAUUUGAUUCCAAAAUAACGGACAACUUUAUGGAUAAAAUCCACAGCAACUCUUCCUCUGACAACGAAUACAAAGCAAAAGACAUAGACAGCAACCGGGACAGUCAAUCUUCUCGGCUGAAGAAGCCCCGAAAAGCUCGAACCGCUUUCACUGAUCACCAGCUGGCCCAGCUGGAGCGCAGCUUCGAACGCCAGAAAUACCUGAGUGUGCAGGACAGAAUGGAGUUGGCAGCUUCACUUAACCUCAGCGACACUCAGGUCAAAACUUGGUAUCAGAACAGACGAACGAAAUGGAAGCGCCAGACCGCGGUAGGACUGGAAUUGCUGGCGGAAGCAGGCAACUACUCCGCUCUUCAAAGAAUGUUUCCGUCGCCAUAUUUCUACUCACAAAGUCUGGUUUCGAACCUAGAUCAAGCGAGCUUAUAUCUGUACAGAAGCCCAUCCGCACCAUCACCAAUUCAGCGUCCGCUGGUUCCAAGAAUUCUCCUCCAUGGUCUUCAGGGUGGCGGGGAGCCGCUCUCCUCUCUGUCUGGGGUGCUCCCUCGACCUGCACACCGGUGAUAGCUGCUGUCAGAAGCCAAGGGACAUCCCAAGGAGGGACAAAAUAAAGACUCAAGGCAAAUAACUUUUAUUUGGAAAGAUAUUCAUGAACUAAUGGUAUAAUUUGGCUUUAAGGGGAAACGUAUUUAUGUAUGUCAUGUGUAAUUUAAUAUUUUCUGUUUCAUUUCAGGUCUUUUUUUGACAGAUAAGCUAUCUUUUAACGAACGGAAAUAUACUGGAUACAGGCAAAAAUGCAAUUACAUGGUAGCCUACAAAUCAAGUUACUCACUAAAAACAAAAAUGACAAAUAGGCUACGUUCUUAUAUGGAGGUAUGGCAAUAUUUAUUAUUGAAAAUAUGACAUACAUUUUUUGUUCAAGGUGGGAACUGUCUUAUCUGAACUUGUGUGAAACUCGCAUUGUCUAGUUGUUAUCACGUUUUAAGGUAUCUUUCCUAUCUUAUUCAGAGCCAAAACAAGGGGUUGUAUUUAUGUGGAUACAUUAACGUUUUUUUUUAUGUACAAAUAAAUUUCUUACAAAAAAUGGCUAUGUGGUCGAACGAUAGACAAUACUACGUAGCCUACUGUAAACUGACAAUUUUCACACGCGUCUAUGAUUCAAAUUAAGGAAUGAGAAACGUAUGCAAAUCAUUAGCAUAUUUUGUUGACAAAUAUCUUUGAACCAGGUCU